AUGGCCUGCCCGCACGAGACGCGGACGCCCUCGCCCUCGCUGGCGCUGGCCUCGGACGGGACCCCGGAGCAGGAGCUGACCCCCACGCAGUGCGUGCUGCGCGACCCCGCCGCGGGGCCCCCCGCCACCCUGACCUGGGCGGGUGGGGGGUUCCUGGAGGGGCUUUUCGGCUGCCUCAAGCCCGUCUGGACCAUGAUCGGCAAAGCCUACGCCGCCGAGCACAAGCACCCCCAGGAAGACCCCUGGGAGGUGCCGUUCGAGGAGAUCCUGGACCUGCAGUGGGUGGGCAGCGGGGCGCAGGGCGCCGUCUUCCUGGGCCGCUUCCACGGCGAGGAGGUGGCCGUGAAGAAGGUGCGGGACCUCAAGGAGACCGACAUCAAGCACUUGCGCAAGCUCAAGCACCCCAACAUCAUCACCUUCAAGGGUGUGUGCACCCAGGCACCCUGCUACUGCAUCAUCAUGGAGUUCUGCGCCCAGGGCCAGCUGUACGAGGUGCUGCGCGCCGGGCGCAAGGUCACCCCCUCCCUCCUCGUCGACUGGUCCAUGGGCAUCGCUGGCGGCAUGAACUACCUGCACCUCCACAAGAUCAUCCACCGCGACCUCAAGUCGCCCAACAUGCUCAUCACCUACGAUGACGUGGUGAAGAUCUCGGACUUCGGCACCUCCAAGGAGCUCAUUGACAAGAGCACCAAGAUGUCCUUUGCCGGCACCGUGGCCUGGAUGGCACCCGAGGUCAUCCGCAACGAGCCUGUCUCCGAGAAGGUCGACAUCUGGUCCUUCGGGGUGGUGCUGUGGGAGCUGCUGACGGGCGAGAUCCCCUACAAGGACGUGGACUCCUCGGCCAUCAUCUGGGGGGUGGGCAGCAACAGCCUCCACCUGCCCGUCCCCUCCGGCUGCCCCGACGGCUUCAAGGUGCUGCUGCGCCAGUGCUGGAACAGCAAGCCCCGGAACCGGCCGUCCUUCCGCCAGAUCCUGCUGCACCUCGACAUCGCCUCCGCCGACGUCCUCUCCACCCCCCAGGAGACCUACUUCAAAUCCCAGGCGGAGUGGCGAGAGGAGGUGAAGCUGCACUUCGAGAAGAUCAAGUCGGAGGGGACGUGUCUGCACCGGCUGGAGGAGGAGCUCAUCUCCCGCCGGCACGAGGAGCUCCGGCACGCGCUGGACAUCCGGGAGCACUACGAGCGCAAGCUGGAGCGCGCCAACAACCUCUACAUGGAGCUCAGCGCCCUCAUGCUGCAGCUGGAGCUCAAGGAGAAGGAGCUGCUCAGGCGGGAGCAGGCGCUGGAGAAGCGCUACCCCGGGCUCUUCAAGCCGCGGGCGCCGCGGGGGCUCGCGGGCGCCUGGGUCCCUCGGGGGGGCGGGUGGCCCCCAGGCAUGAGCAAGCGCCAGUCGCUGUCGACCUUCAGCUCGGAGAACUUCUCAGACGGGGACGGGGACGGGGACGGGGACGAGGGGCACACGAGCGAGCCCUCGCACAGUGCCACCCCCGACGUGGGCAGCACCAACACGGACGAGCGUCCCGACGAUCGCUCCGAGGACCUGCUCUCCCAGGGCUCCGAGAUCCCCCUGGAUGCCGCCCCCACCGGAAACCCCCCUGGGGGCCCCCCCCCCGGGGGGUCCCGGCCGCCGUCACGGGGGGCUCAGCCCCAAGGGCUGGCUACUAUGGGGUAG